CCCUUCAUACUUCAACUUGCAGAUCAAACCGCACUACCCAAACUCGCUUUCCUGUUGCCUUGCUCUACAGAUAGGAACUCGGAAAAAAAAAUCAUGGCAGACCAAACCCCCACAGACUACAUUACGCUGAUAAGCAACGACGGCUUCGAGUUCAAGGUGCUGCGCUCCGCAGCGUGCAUUGCGACGACGCUCAGGAAGGCCUUGGAUCCGCAAUCCGGGUUCCGCGAAACAACAGAGAACCGCGUCGAGUUACCUACCAUCAACGGUGUAAUCCUCGAAAAGGUCUGCGAAUACCUUUACUACAACCAGAAACACGCCGACGCCAAGGAAGUCCCGGAUAUGGAUAUUCCUCCUGAGCUGUGCCUGGAGUUGUUGAUGGCCGCGGAUUAUCUCGUCGGUAAGUUUUCAGAUAUAUUUAAGCAUAUUCUUCUUUUAUCUCUUUAUCUUUGUUCUUACCACUCGUCGGUUGGGGGAACGUUGGAGCGAAGGGUGUUAUUCGAGAGCCUGAGUAUCAGGACUGACAUUUCCCUGCGUAGUCUGAACAACCCACACAUAAAUUAG